AUGCCGGCCCCACGCCGAAGCGAGGUGCCGCGCCCGGUAACCCAAUUCUCAUCCUAUUCCGACGCCUCAAGCUCCUACUGGCCGCCAGGAUGGAACUUCCAUCGGUUCGUCCACGCCACGGCCGAAGAAGACGAGGCGCUGCCCGACGACGAGCGGGCCAAGAUGCAGGCUGGAUUCCGGGAUGUCCUUGGCGAGGACGGUGUCGAUGAACUGUCCCAUGUCGUCUGGCAGGAGCAGUUGCGCCUCGAGCAAGAAGCGUCUUCAACCCCUCGACCGACGCUUCCGACGCCCGAUUGGCUCAAGGCGUGGAAGAGACACUACCGAGGGCAGCCGUGGGGGUUUGUCGCUUUCCGGAUUGGGGGAACGAACCUGGACUUCGAGGAAUUUCAGAGUCGCAUUAAGAGGAUAGUUGAACUUCCGUUUGACGCGGCCGUGGAACGAGGCCACUCGGCGGACGAAAUCGCCGAGGCCCACAGCACGUUUGAGAUCCGAUGGGUGGACGUAGGAGACGGUGGAUCAAGAGACAGAGCGGAAGGAGAUCCUGAUCGCCCGAAUGUUACUGAUCCUGUGGAGAGACUACGCGUAGAAUAUCGUGCCUUGCGGGAGUCGGACGGCUUUCCACCAGGUCUUCAUCUGCCAUUGUUCCUGUGUGCCUCCACGGAAGCAAUGGCAUCAGUACUUCGGAUACCGCCCUCUUCACAACCAGGAACAGAUAGUCCACGCUGGCGGCUUGGGGCACCAUUCCUUCUUGUCGUGGCGGCAGAGGAUGAGCAGGGACCAGUCGACGACGAGGCCAGCGAGUCGUUUGGUGGCGGGGAGAAGAAGUGGUUCAAACCAGUCUUCAAAGCCGCCGCGGAAGUGCUUGUAGAGGAACUGUGGGGGGUAGCAGAGCGGCAAAUCACCUCGAUGAGAAACUUGACUAGAUUUGUUCGGGAGGCUGUUAUCCCAGAUAAUCCAUCGCUGGAGAACAAAGAUACUGAUAUCCUACAAGGGGAGGAGGAAGCCGAUGAUGGAUUGGAUGAUAUGUGGUGGUCGGCGCAUACACCGCCUCAUCGCAUGGGGAGGAGGAGAAGGAUUCUUGACAGCGACCAGUAG